AUGGUCAACAUCGACCUCACGAGGUGCGCUAGGCUUGAUUGCGACACGCGUGCGACGUUCGGCGAUCCCGUCACGGGACGGAGGACCUUUUGCAGCAAGCACGCUCCCCAGGGCACCGUGAACGUCGAGCGGAGGAAGUGUGCGGUGGAGGACUGCCUCACCCCGCCGGCCUACUGGCACCCGGGCAACCGUAAGCGAAGGUGCUGCGCGAAGCACGCGGAGGAGGGCAUGGUGAAGCUCGACAAGAAGCUGUGCCCGUUCAAGGGCUGCUUCACCUCCGCCUCCUACGGAGUCCUUGGCCAGAAGAGAAAGUUCUGCGCCGCCCACGCGGAGCGAGGCAUGGUGUCCAUCGGCGGCCGGAGGAAGGCGUCUGUUCUCGACGACACCUCCUCCUUGCAGCAAGAGCACACGGACGCCGACUCGUCUUCCCGACUAAGACCACCUUUAGCCAAGAGCGAACCGGUGGAAGCACCAAGCCCCGAGAGGCAUGCCGGUCAACGAGGGGACGAGGUGGACGAUAACGGCACCGGGGUUGGUGGAUCCGAGGUGGCGGGGGGAAGAAAGCGACUGGGCUCGCCGGCAGCGGGGGGGGUGAAGGGGGGUGGGGGGGUGGGGGGGGAGGACGUCGAGGAGGACGCCGGGGCGGCGGCGUUCGUUUUGAGGCGGCGAAGGAUGUUGCUGCCGUGGGCGGCUAGGAAGGAGGGCGUUCCCCCCCCGCUGUUGCUCACAAACAAGGGGUGGACGGAGUGGGAGUGGCAGCCGGUGAUGAUGAACAUUCCGGCCUAGUAGUCGGAGUGGCAGCCGGCGAUGAUGACCGUGCCGGCCUAGUGGGGAGAGCGGCAGCCGGUGAUAUUUAUUCCAGGCUGCGGUAGCGCGGGAGUGGCGACCAGUGAUGGUGAUUUUUCCAGCCUAUGAUGGUGGGAGUGGCACAAGCCAGUGAUGAUGGGUAUUCCAGCCUACUAUACUAGAGAUGAAGCCGCCAGUGAUGGUGAGCAUUCCGCCCUAUUAGGGUGGGGGUGGCAGCCGUUGAUGCUGAUUUUUCCAGCCAAUGACAGUGGGGGUGGCAGAAGCCAGUGAUCGCGGACUUUCCCUCCUACUAGGUGUAGACAUUCUAGCCGAUUGUGCGAGUGGCAGCCGGUGAUGACGAACAUUCCGGCCUCGGUCAUUGCUUCCGCUCGCCGGAGAGGCAUUUUUUUUUUUUUUUUGUAUGCGGCAGAUAAUUUGCUGGUGCUUUCCUGCACCGCCCAAGCUCCGAGCAGAUUGGAUGUCUUCCAAGAGAAGUCAUGUUGCUCUUUUGUCUACAGCGUUUAUUUUACAUUUAUUUCUUGGUGUUUUGAAUGGGCGUUUUCUUGCGGCGUACCUCAGGUGGGGGUGACUUUGGCGACUUGUCAUUCAGGUGUUUUGGUGGGGGGGGGGGGGAUGAAGUUUCAAUGAUUAUUUCUUCACCCGUUGUUUGUACUGUCAGGGUACACUCUACUCCUCGCGAUGUGUGUAUCUCUUGAUUUUGGUGGUUUUGGGAGGGUCACCCUGCCGAAUUGUUUCCGAGCACCGGUUCUCGCAUACGCACCCGCUGCGGUUUCCUUCUCAACCGGUACAUGCGGGUCACCGCCAACCGGUAUGUUAUCGCGGGUCACCGCCAAACCAACCGGUAUAUGCGGGUUCUUGCCGUGGUUCUCGCCCUUGUUGAGGGUCGAAGUUUGUAUUUUUGUAGUCAACCGCGGGGACAGUUUUUUUGUUCGAUCGGUUUCUUUUUCGAUGGCGACGGGAGGGACCGCCUGGCUUUCGGUACAUGUUUCGCGACUCGUGCUCCGCUCUGGCAAAAAUCCUGAUUAAUCUGGCACAACACAUUUUGCAAGUAUGGUCCUGUAGACCCUCCGAUGUUGUUUGCACCUGUUGUUGGAAGCCGAAUGAUUUACGUGUUGGAGGACCACCGGAAAGUUGAUCUCGGAAACGAAACUCGCCGAAAUAUAUAUAUUUAUCACGACCGGCCGUGAACCAAAGAACCUGUGAAAACAGCUAGCGGCCGCGCUUAAGAGACCCUCCGCCCAGUUUAGGCUGAGCACGGGGUUCGUAGUUCCUGGCAUUACGCUGCGAACGGCAGCUACAGUACCUAGAUAGAAGUGAAGGGGGUUCGUUCUUUCCCGGGUGCUCAAGUUCUGAUAUGAUGAUGUUGAGCGUGAAGUUCUUAGCUGCCAAGUUCUGAAGCGCGAGCGCUACGUUGACGGUAUGAUGAAAGUGCGGCCGCUAGCUUUUACGAUGCGGAGAAGCAUCUACAUCCAUACACCUGGCUAGGCUAGUAGAUGUUUUGUUUUGUUUUGUUUUGUUUUGACCGUGGUUUUGUUCUUUUGGCCGGUCUGGGGUUUCUUGGCUCCUCUUGUGGGCAAAAAAACGGCCCCUGAUACAGGAUUGUUAUAUAGGUGUCUUUGUCGAGCUCAGAAACGGUGCUCAAGUUCUUGCAAUUUCACCAGAAACUUGAGCUUGAAGUUAACAGCUAAAGUGUCGGCGCUAUCCGUGGCUGUAUGAUCAAUUUGCGGGCGCAAACUUAUGAUGAAGGAGAAGUAUCUACUGACUAGGCUAGUGAGAUUAAUUUUUUUUUCGCGGCUUCGAGGCCGGGGUUCGUAGUUGGUACAAAUGACCGCAUUUUUUUUUUUAAAACGUCUGUCUGUGAUGGGGGUUUCUCAAGUCCUUGUGCUGUGAUAAAUUGCUGCGUUGAGCAUGGAGUUCCCAACUGCCGAGCAAGUUCUUUGGUGCAGGCGUUAACGAAGUGAAAGGAUGGAACAGCCAGGAGAGGACGGGGUAGCUAUGCUGGGGUACGAAGAAGUGACCUAACAGGACAAUACCUGGGGACGCUAUAUUUGUUCAAUUUCGUUGAUAGAACACAUGCCAACCCGUUGAACAAGGUUUGAACCUUGUCUUGUUAAUGUGAGGGGUGACUGAGGGAGGAAGCGAUACGUUCACGCUCAACGAUCGCCUUUCGGGCGGACUGUACGCAGACUCUUGGAUAGGAUUGGAUCGGAUGGAUGUGUUUCGAUUCUGUUAUCGAAGAACAGUAUUAAUUAGUAAUUGUUGUAGUUCUGUACGGUAUGUCGCAGUCGAAGACGUGAAGUCAAGCCUUUGUUUCAAGAGG